AUGGAUGCGCGGCGCUGGAGGGGCGUCCCGCCUGGGAAUAUUUCCGACUGUCCCAACGGCUCCCGCUGGGUGAUGGACGUGUUCAACGAAUGCGCCCAGGACAGCCGGGACGUCGCCAGCAUCGUCCUGGGGCUGGUUUCCAUCUUCUGCUUCGCCGCCGCGUCUUUUCCGCAGUUUUACCAAGCCUGCAAAACUGGCAUCAUGGACCGGGCUCUCUCCAUCUAUUUCCUGCUGGGAUGGCUGGGCGGAGACCUCCUAAACCUCAUCGGUUCCUUCCUGGCCGAUCAGUUGCCGCUGCAGAUUUACACGGCCGUUUACUACGUGCUCGCAGACCUGGUGAUGCUGUCUCUCUAUUGCUACUACAAAGUGAAGAACCGGAGCGGAGGAAUCGUCACCCCGAUCAACGUGGCCUUCGUCUUCCUUUCCCUGGGGAUGGUGUCGGCCGUCUCCUUCCUGGGCAGAGGUGCUGCCGUGGCGCAGGACCCGGUGACGUUUAAAGGGAGGUCUCUGCUGUCUGCUCGUGUGGAUGAGCUGGGGUCGAAGCCCUUCACCAGGGACGGAAGCUUCGCCAGCGGCUCCAUCUCCUCCGUGCUGUACCUGUGCUCCCGGGUCCCCCAGAUCUACACUAACUACAAGAGGAAAUCCACCAUCGGGGUUUCCUACUCCCUCUUUGCCCUGGUGAUGCUGGGGAACUCGCUCUACGGCCUCAGCGUCCUCCUGAAGAACCCUGAGCCGGGACAAGGUGAAGGCGACUACGUCCUGCACCACCUCCCCUGGCUGGUGGGCAGCCUGGGCGUCCUUUCCCUCGACGUGGUUAUCUCCUUCCAGUUCCUCGCUUAUCGGAGAGGAAAACCCAGUACCUGUGAGGAGAGGGAC